AUGGUGAAGGACAGGGAAAUGGACCAUAAAGAUUUGUAUGACAUCUCCAAACCCCGUUUCGACCUGAGCACAUAUACUGGUCGAUUAGCUUAUUUUUACUCUACCACUUCCCCUCUCACUUUACUCGCUACAUCUUCAGAAUUGGACCAAGCUCAGAAAGAUGUAAGAAAGUAUGAAGCUUCUAUCAAAGAUUCGGGUCCGAAAGGAUAUCGGGUUGGUAAGGAUGAGAAAGAUAAAUAUGAACGAGCGAGACAAUUGGUAGACUCUUCCAUACAUCCCGAUACUGGCAAACCAGUGCUAUUACCUUUCAGAAUGUCGGCUUUUGUACCUACCAACUUGAUAAUAUGCGCAGGUAUGCUCAUGCCUAAUCCUAGCCUUCGUAGUGUGAUCUUUUGGCAAUGGGCAAAUCAGACUCUCAACGUAGCGGUCAACUUUAGUAAUGCCAAUAAGAGCAUUCAAAUGACUCCGACUGAGAUAGGCACUGCCUAUUGCGCAGCAACGUUCACCUCUGUUUUCCUCGCUGUCAGCCUUACACGUCUCGUGCCUCGAUUAUCAGUAUCAAGAACGACAAAAGAAUUAUUAGGGAAAUUAGUUCCUUUUGCCAGUGUUGCUUCUGCCGGAGUGGUCAACAUAUCUUGUAUCAGAUGGAAAGAGAUGCGUGACGGAGUAGAGAUUUACACUUUGACUCGAGAUCCUACCACUGGAGCAGAAGACAAACAUGUACUUGGUAAAAGUCCAAAAGCGGGUCAAAUGGCCGUUAUGCAAUCUGCCGCUAGUAGGGUAUUCACCAAUAUUCCCACACUUAUCCUCCCACCGAUGAUCAUGACCCUCCUUGAAAGACGUGAUGUCUUCGUUGGACCGAGAGGGAAGAUAUUUUCCACUAUGACACAAUUGACUUUAAUCGGUCUGUCAUUAGGUUUAUUCCUUCCACCUGCUAUCGCUUACUUUCCACAAAGAGCAAGUACAGAACCUAAACGAUUAGAACCGGAAUUCCAAGAACAUCCUUCUCCUAUUUUCUUCAAUAAAGGAUUAUGA